GCGCCGGUCAUUUUCUUGGGGUAUUUUUCACUUAUACCCCUAUCGAAACCUAGUUUGCGCCGGUAACGAUGUAUAAUCGCCUAGACGAGAAGUUCAAUAAAGAAGACGCCUUUACAGUCGUACGGCUGAGCGACGUUAGUGACAACAGCAAAUCCAAGGACUUGCAUGUCAACCUACAGCAUCCUACAAUUGCCAUUACCCACCAGAUCUUCUCGGCCAAUUUCUACAAGUUUUGUAAUGUACAAGCCCACGUGAAUGAUACAUUCUGAUCAAAACUGCAUACUGGCAUCGGCUUUAUACUCGUAAGUACUCGUAAGUACCUAUUACCUACCUCUUAGGGCCAUGUAAGUGCUAAGCAGCUUUGGGCGUUGCCUCGGUAUGGGGGGCUUACCCCGCAUUCUCAGCAGAACGCUUUCCCUAAAGGAUACCAUCUAACCAAGGAUAGGGAGGUAUUGCCACUAAAGCAUACUAAAGCAAAGCUCCCGAGCUGGGGAAGAUGGCCGCUAACAACCGUACCUAGGUACUUAGUGUGCCCCCAAUACAUGUACAUAGUAGCUAUCUCAUGACUGCUUUCCUCAGUAUUUGACACCAGAUAUCCGGCGUUGACUAUCAAGCCAACAACCCUAACACCUCUUUAGAUUCUUGGUAUUGCCAGAAGAUCUGUGUAUUCUUGCACAUAUCAGCUUCGGCCAUCAAUCAAUUCCUCAAUUGUAAAACGCUGGAAAACAUGCCUGCCAAACAAAAGCAGCCCGUCUACGUGCUCGGCGUGGGCAUGACCAAGUUCAUCAAGCCUCGGGGCAAGGUCGACUAUACAGAGCUAGGCUUUGAGGCUGGUGUGAAAGCUAUGCUUGAUGCGCAAAUUAAUUACGACGAUGUAGAGCAAGGAAUUGCUUGCUAUUGCUACGGCGAUUCAACCUGCGGUCAGCGUGUCUUCUACCAGUUCGGCAUGACACAGAUCCCUAUCGUUAACGUCAACAACAACUGCUCAACCGGAUCAGCCGGUCUUGCCAUGGCCAGGAACACCAUUUCGUACGGCGGCGCCGACUGCAUCCUGGUUGUUGGGUUUGAGAAGAUGAUGCCUGGUAGCCUCCAGAGCUUCUUCAACGACCGCGAGAACCCCACCGGAACGUCAGUGAAGAUGAUGGCCGAGACUCGCGGCAUUACUAAUGCUCCUGGGGCCGCCCAAAUGUUUGGGAACGCCGGCAGAGAAUAUAUGGAAAGGUAUGGCGCCAAGGCGGAAGAUUUCGCAGAGAUUGGGCGCGUCAACCACGAGCACUCAACCCGCAACCCUUACUCGCAGUUUCAGGACGUCUACAGUCUAGAACAGAUCAUGAAGGCACCCAUGAUCCACGAACCUCUGACAAAGCUUCAAUGCUGUCCUACAUCAGAUGGCGGCGCUGCUGCUGUUCUCGUCUCUCAGGACUUUCUUGACGCACGACCACACCUCAAGGAUCAGGCCAUCCUGAUUGCCGGCCAGUGCCUUGCUACAGACGCCCCAAGUCUCUUCUCAAAGAGUGCUAUCGACUUGAUGGGUAUCGAUAUGACCAGACGCGCAAGGCAAGUUGCAAUGGAGGAGGCGAACAUUACACCUGAUGAUGUCCAGGUGUGUGAACUGCACGACUGCUUCUCUGCCAACGAGAUGAUCGUUAUCGAUGCGCUCGGCCUCUCGGAGCCAGGGAAGGCACACGAAUUGGUGCGCAGUGGCGGUAUUACAUACGGUGGUAAAGUCGUUGUCAACCCGUCCGGUGGCUUGAUAUCCAAGGGCCAUCCUCUUGGCGCAACUGGCAUUGCUCAGUGUGCCGAGCUGGUCUGGCACUUGAGGGGUUGGGCCAAUAACCGCGCUGUGCCCAACACCAAAUUCGCACUACAACAUAACCUCGGCCUCGGCGGAGCCGCUGUGGUGACGGUAUACGCUCGUCCCGACCGGAGCGUGGCUCCCAAGAUAGAUGAUGCAACCAUUGGCCAAAAGAACAAACUUGGAUAUAACCCUGCAGUUGUAGCUAAGGGCUUCACGGCUGAGCAAUGCAAAUCCGUCCUAAGCAAGACCAAAUUUAGCCCUUGGGCAAUCCAGGAUACUGAACAGAAAGUUGAGGCUAGGUUUUAAGCCGAAUGAAGCUCGGUAAAGGCUUGUAAAGAUCUCAAGAAAGUACUGUUCUUAUUGUUCGAUGUACCCCAAUGUAUAUAUAAAUAGGACAGAUGAAUGGAACGCUCUCUAAUUAAUGAAACAUAUCUACCUAUUCCCCUC